AUGAAUACUCAACCGCAAAUUAAUAAUAUUAGUACUACGCAAAAUUCUGCUCGUCUUCAAAGGGCCCCAAACACUAACAUGCAGCCUCUACGAUCUCGAAACGUCGAAAAUCCAUCUAUCAAUACUUUUAUGGGUGCUGAACUGAUCGAAGGCAUAAAUUUAUCUUCCGCUACUAGAACACAAGAGGUAGAAAAUCCUCCACUACAGGAUGCACAAAUUUCAACGCUGUUGAUUUCAG